GUUACCUCUCAGUCAGAGAAGGCCACAUCAAGUAUUUACAGCUAAAAAGAAGAUAAAAUGAACAGAAAAAGAGGCAAAGGAAGUUACAAUCUCAAGCAGAAGUCUCUAUAUGAAAGGCUGAAACAAUCUGAAGGCAUACUAAAGAUUACUGAGCCGCAAGAAAAGCCAGAUGGGGUAGAAUUCGACCUGGCAUUCUAUGUAACUAUAUUCUUCUUCAUACUGCUCACUGUGACCGUAACAGCAGUAAUCAUCACACCUAUGGCAAGGCUAAAGUUUCCUGCAAUGUAUUCAAGGAGCCAUCACCCAGCGUACAAUACACCAGAGGCAAAAACAGUAAAUACCGACUCUAGUGAUGAGUUCACUCACAGUGGGGUCUCAUGCAAACAGCUAAUGGAGAGUGCUAGGAUAAUCCUCGACACUAAACCACAGAGAGAGUGGGAGGGAGCUCUGGACCUACUAGCGACCUGUGCACUACAAGAGCCUGAAAAUGUGAGCCCUCGUUGGAAUUUGGCUGUAGCUUUACUGAAAAUGGACAGAGGAGAGGAGGCGAUUGGCUUCAUCGAUGAAGCUUUGACAUUGGACCCAACUAAUACGGAUUUCUUAAAAACUGGAGGAGCAUAUCUACUGAAACAAGGUUACCACUCGGAAGUGAUCAGAUGUUUGGAGUAUUAUCUUGAAGUGUCUUUACACGUUGUCAGCUGGGAGGAGUUGCUGGCUAGUAUAUCGAUUCUUCGGGAGGAUGAGUGGGAAUUUCUCUAUGAUGCUGGCGGCGAUAUUGUACAAGUGCUGGAGAUGCUACAAGCCUCUUAUCUCAAGUCUACGUCACUAAUUAAAGCUGGCUAUUUGUACAAAGUAUUGAUUGGACUCAAAGGAGACAGCGUGGAACUUGAACUGUUAGGCGCUUAUUCAGCAUUUGCAUUUGGCCUGGGAGAUGUGGCAACUGGAAUCAAGUACCUGUGCAAGUAUACAGAGAAGCAAUACAUUGCUCAAGGCUAUGGAGAUACUGGCCAGGCGUAUGAAGUUGUCACGGCACACUCACUGAGACUACUCACAGCUGGAUUCGACUCGACUAUCAACAGUAUCGUCAAAAACUUACUGAAUGGUGGUAGCCCGAUAUGGGAGGAGCUAAUGUACAAUUGUGAUAUGCAGGAGAACAACGCACUCAACUAUUCUGUACUUGUUCGACAGUCGGACGUGAGAAAGAUUCUUAUUAGAUGCAUUCUAACUCAAGGUGUAGUUGAUCAGUUGAUUGGAAACGGUGCUGUUUUAUACGCUGAAAACAUAUUUGGUUGGACCCCACUGCUACACGCUGCUGCUUUGGGUAGCCCAGAAGUAAUCAAGCAAAUUUUAGACGUUGAUCCAGACCCACUAUCUAAAACUGUACUUGCUCAAACAGCUCUUCAUGUGGCGGCCAUUAGAGGCUCCUAUUCGAUUGUUGAACCGAUGCUAAAAGCUGGAUUGAAAGCCUCCGACAAGGAUUACUUUAACAGAACUGCUCUCAACAUUGCCUGCCUUCAACGAUGGUCUGCCAAGGGUAUGGCCAGGGCCCUGGGCGAAACACUACCACAUGACUGUCCAGAGAAACCGGUCUACUCCCCUCCCCCCAAACUACACUCUCAGGGUGGAUGGUUGGGUAACAGUGUCGAACUACCGAAAGAACUGACUAAAGAAAAAUGUGAUAUUGACGUUAUGUCGGUCGGAGACGUGCAAACAUUCGUAUUCGAUUAUCUCUCGCUACAAAGGCCAGUAUUGAUUAGAAAUGUCACCAAUAAUCAUCAAAUGAAGAGCUUGUACCAGCGAUGGCAGAGAAACAAGUUUGAGCAAGAGUUUAGAACUUUGAAAUUCACCGAAGUGGAGAUUCCAUACGCCGAAUCUUUUGGAUACAAAACUAGCAAACAAACCACAGUCAAGAAAUUUAUGACUAAAAUGAGAAAGUUGAACCAGGAACAAAAGGACAUCCAAAAUUUUGCAGAUUUUACCAAUCCAACGUAUAUUUUUGAGACCAUUUCGUUGGAUUCAACGAUCCUUGCUGACUUUACGAUGCCGUCUGUGCUUGACCCAGACACUACAAAUAUCGAUAUUAACAAACUACAAUUCUACAUGGGACCUACGUUGUCUGGUUCACCUGUACAUUUCCAUAGAAACGCCUGGAACAUUUUAGUAUACGGUCAAAAACGAUGGUUUUUAUACCCCCCUGAUAAAGCCUUCUACUCGAAGCAACAUGUACUCGACUGGUGGAAGGAUAAUCGAGGGGGCGGUGAGAGGGGGUGGUCUGAAACCCCGCCCCUUGAGUGCGUCCAAUACCCGGGUGACUUGAUGUUUGUCCCGGACAUGUGGGGGCAUGCUGUUAUCAAUCUAAAAGAAAGUAUUGGACUAGCCUCAGAGUUUGUGUACGGUACUUCCGAGUUUUCCAUCUAACUUAAUUAUGGAAUGUUUUUUUAAACCAGUAUUAUUCUUGUUAUUCUUGUUAUAUUCUUGUUAUAUUAACACAUUAUUUUGAUAAUUUAAAAGCUGCUUUUUUCCCCGGAUUUGUAGGUUAAUUAGUCACUCGUCAUAAAUUAUUAUGCAGAUCUUCAAUAUUACUUUAUGUAUAUUAUUAUAUAUAGCUGUUA